AUGACCUCUCGACUAGAUGAAUUAAAUAAAAAAUUUCAAAAUGAAAAUCAAGGUUUAGCAUCAAGAAGACAAAUGCACAAUUCGAAUUCACUUCGACCGCCUCCUACAUCAUCUGGGGUGACUUUUCCUUCAAUAAAUUCAGCACAAAGAGCUUCAUCUGCCUCAUUGUCAGCUCCAUCAUCACUGUCAAGAGCUCGUCAAAAGGUAGUUCUUCAACCAGGUCAUUCACCAUUAGACUGGGCGGAAUUAAAUAGAAAAACACCAAAAUAUAUACUAAGAGGUGUAGAACCUUCCACUCCACCACCUCAAUACGUAAAAGUAAAUAAAGAGGAAUUGAAAAAACAUAAAACCCAAAAGGAUUGUUGGACUUGUAUAAAUAAUAAAGUUUUUAAUAUUACACCAUAUAUAAAUUUUCAUCCUGGUGGAGUUGAUGAAAUUAUGAAGUGUGCUGGAAAAGAUGGGACAAGUUUGUUUAAUAAAUAUCAUAGUUGGGUGAAUGUUGAUAGAAUGUUGGAAAAUUGUAUAGUUGGUGUUUAUGUUGGAUAA